AUGUCUGUGCCGCCGGAUCAAAAAGACGAGCUGCUGCUUCUGGCUGGCUCUGGGUCACAGUGGUUCGGGGAUGGGAGGGAGGAGGAGGAGAAGGAGGAGGAGGAGGAAACAGUGACGAUGAAAGGGUUUCACCGGCCACCGUCGCUGCCUCAACAGCAAUACCCGGCAGGAGAGACUUGCUGGAGCGGGGGAGAAGGGGAGCAGCAGGAACUGAGCUCAAGCAAAGAUCGCCAAGAGGAGAAACACCCUCCCGUUGCCAUGGAGACUGCAUCCACAGGUGUUGCAGAUGAGCCUUAUGCUAGAGAUUAUACUCCAGCAGCAGCAAAAGAGGAAGGAGCCUUUUAUACAUCUUUGAUUUCUGACGUCCAUUGUUCAUCCCAGCAGGAUUCUAUGUAUUUUACUGGAAUCCUUCAGAAGGAAAACAAUCAUACUACCCAUUUAGAGAGCACUGCGGAGCUGAAUGCACAAGGCCCUCGCUUGCAAGAUGCAUCUGGCUUGGAGUCUCAUGCUUUAUUUAGUUCUGAUUCUGGAAUAGAGAUGACUCCUGCAGAAUGUACAGAAGUGAAUAAGACCAUAGCAGAUCCUCUAGACCAGAUGAAAGCAGAAGCUUAUAAAUACAUUGACAUAAGUAGGCCAGAGGAAACAAAAUACCAGGAACAAUGGGAAUUGGGCCAGGAAAACAAGGACUCUGAUUUUAAGAAUGAAUGUGCCGAAGCAUCCGUAAAGUUGGAGUGUACCCCUGAAGGGGAGACACAGGCUCCUAUGGAGGUAAAGGGGGUCAAAGAACAUUUAUUGGAAGAAUCGACAUUUGCUCCCUAUAUAAAUGAUCUCUCUGAGGAUCAGCACUGUGUCUCCCUGGUUACAGCACCAGUCAAAAUCACACUGACUGAGAUUGAACCAGUAGCUGAGACUUCUGCCCAAGAGAAGAGCCCAGAGAAACAAGAUACUCAUCUGAAAUCAAGUCAUGAAACUGUUCCAACAGUCACUGUCUCAGAGCCAGAAGAUGACAGCCCUGGAUCAAUGACUCCACCGUCUUCUGCAACAGAACCAUCUGGCUCAGAGUCCCAAGGUAAAGGCAGCCUCUCAGAAGAUGAGCUUAUCAUUGCCAUCAAGGAAGCAAAGGGAGUAUCUUUGGAAGCCACUGAAAGCCCAAAGGAGGUGGUACAGGUUCCUGAUAAACCAGAGCCCCAAAACAAGUCUGGACCACCAGGCGCCCCAUGCCCUUUGGACCAUGAAGUUAGCAGUGCUGAAUCUGGUGACUCAGAGAUAGAGCUUGUCUCUGAAGAUCCUUUGGCUGCAGAAGAGAUGCUGCAGUCCACCUAUAUGACUUUUAGCCAUAUCAGUGGUCCUCCACCAUCUCCUGCCUCUCCUUCUAUUCAGUACAGUAUCCUGAGAGAGGAGCGAGAAGCAGAAUUGGACAGUGAGCUCAUCAUUGAAUCCUGUGAUGCCUCCUCUGCUUCUGAGGAAAGCCCUAAAAGGGAGCAGGACUCUCCUUUGAUGAAACCCAUAAUCAUGGACAUUAUCCAGGAGGAAAAUGGUUCCAGGACAGAGAACCUUGGGGCUUCUGAAUAUGAUGAGAGCAACAGUGCCAAGGAGAGUAAAAUGAACAGGCAAAACCUGGCAGAGUCAGCAUCGUACCUGAAAUGCUCCUUUGUUUCCCCACAAAUCAGCACCGAGCUCCCUAUGUCUGAUGGCAGAACUGAAGAAGUAAAGGGGAAACUAUCCCAGAAGACAACAGCUGGUGUGACAGGUGUUAAUCAGAGUAAUCUGUCUCCAAAGGACUCUGGGCAAAAAAUCUGGUCCUCGCUCCCACUGCUGUUUUUAAAUAAGCAAAAAGUGAUCGACCUGUUGUACUGGCGUGAUAUUAAGCAGACUGGCAUAGUGUUUGGAAGCUUCUUGUUACUGCUCUUCUCUCUGACCCAAUUCAGUGUUGUCAGUGUGGUAGCCUACCUGGCCUUGGCUGCACUCUCGGCCACCAUUAGCUUCAGAAUCUACAAGUCUGUCUUACAAGCCGUGCAGAAAACCGAUGAAGGGCACCCAUUCAAGGCAUAUCUGGAGCUCGAGAUCUCUCUUUCCCAGGACCAGAUUCAGAAGUACACAGACUACCUGCAGUUAUAUGUGAAUAGUGCAGCUAAAGAACUGAGAAGACUCUUUCUGGUCCAAGAUCUGGUGGAUUCCUUAAAGUUUGCAGUGCUAAUGUGGCUACUGACUUAUGUUGGUGCUCUCUUCAAUGGCCUGACACUGCUGAUAAUGGCUGUGGUGUCGAUGUUUACUCUCCCAGUAGUAUAUUUUAAGCACCAGGCACAGAUUGACCAAUAUUUGGGACUUGUGAGGACUCACGUAAAUACUGUUGUGGGAAAGAUUCAGGCCAAAAUCCCAGGAGCAAAAAGGCAGACAGAGUAAUUUGGAUUCCCAACAGGCAACUAGGGAUUAAACUGGAGUGGUAAAAGCUCUGUUCUUACACUUUACUGCAAAUCGAUUGUU